CGGAACAUCAAUGCACACAACUUGGACUUUGGACUUUGGAUCGGACUUUGACUUUCGUCAUCUGGGCCUAUAUAUAUUCGUAAGGUUCUGUUGAGAACAGAUUUAUGCACUUUGUCUUGGACACACUGCUGAGAGAGAAUUCUAUGUAUCGACAACAACAAGCUAGAAACAACAUGGCAGCUGAGGAAACGCAGUUUUUGACGUGUGUGAGUAGUCUACCAGUGGUGAACUCGGCCUGGACUCAGGUCUCUGACAUGUACACAAAAACCAAGGAAUAUAACUCCCUGUUCAACUUUACGUUGGGAAUUGCCGAGUCCAGCGUGAUCAAGGUGGUGUCAACUGCUCAGCCGUUGGCGGAAAAGUAUGAAGGACAAAUUAAGUAUGUGAAUGCUGUUGCCUGUAACCAGCUGAACCAUCUGAAGGAAAACUACCCAGUGAUCGCCAAACCAACAGAUCAGAUGAUUAAGGAUGGAAAAGAGAAGUGUACGGCUCUCAUCCAGCCUGCCGUGGACAGAAUCACAGCAGUUAAGGACUUUGGGGUGAAUGCCUACACCAAAGGCACAGAAACGGUAAAGACCGCUACUGACUACAGCAAAAACCAGCUGGCCAAAGUGACCAAUUAUGGUCACGAUGUGGUCAGUCAGGCUCUCCAGACCAGCUAUGGUCAAGUGGUCAAUGCCAAGGUGAUUGAUGUUCUGGACAUGUCAGAAGUCUACCUGGACAAGUACUUACCUCCCACUGAGAAAGAGGUGAAGGAACUUGCCAAGGACAGUAAGAAUGCUCUGGAGCGAGCAGGACACGUGGGCUCCAAACUCCAGCGGCGCAUGUACAACCGUGCUAUGAGGGAUCUGCACAACGUCAAAGUCCGCAGCACAGAAACUCUUAACAAACUCAACUUCACUGUAGAUCUGAUUCAGUAUGCUAAGACUAACCUGGAUGGAGCUAAGACUCGAGUGGGUGAGACAGUCACUGCAGCCAAUGCCAAGUUCUGGGACACCUGGGAUGAGAUUAACAGGGAGGAAAUGGAGGGCGAGAAAGAGGAGGUGGAGAAACAGAGUCUAGAGAAGCGUGGUAUUGUUGUUGCUCGUCACCUGGUAAGACAACUGAAGACAGGCCUCAACUCUCUUGAGACCACCAUGGUAGAGCUGCCAGGCACGCUUCAGGAGAAAUACCAAGGACUCCAGAAGUACACUGAUGAUAUCUGGAUGUCUUUUAAAGAGGUGGGCAGUAUUAAUGAGGUGCCAAUGUGGGUGAUUAACCAGACGAAAAAUCAGUUGAGUUAUGUACAAGAGAUGCUGAGCUUCCUGACAGAGCAGACUUUGAACGCCUUGCCCCUGGGCUGGAUGGAGAUGGACGUAAAUCUUGAUGGGUUAAAUCUUCAGGAGAUUGAACACAUGUGGACGCACAAUGGGAAUAUCCUAUCAAUAAACGGGCGCAUCAACGGCCAUCUUGAUGGAGGUCAGGAGGAACAGUAGACAUGACAACCAUGACAGAUCGUCAUGGAAUAUACGUGCUUAAAGUGCUCAAAGAUAUGUCUGCUAAAAUAAAUAUUCAUUCAAACGUUUUUGUCAGUGCUGAUAACAGCUAGUAUAUUGAAUAUGUUCGUAUCGUUGUAAUAUUCUUAUGGAGCAUGGCUUGGGUAUUGAUUGAGGAUAAUUCUUAGCAAACACUAUGUCUACAUUGAAGAUAAUAUUAUGAAAAUUACUUUAUGAUGAAUACAUAUCUUACUUCUUAAUUACUUUGAAUGUUUUCAGAUUAAGACAUGAAAUACCAAAACUGCAAUUUUAAUCACCCCUUUCAAGUGGUUGUUAGUCACUAGAAAGUUUUACAUGUGUACAUGUUCUCCAAAAUGUUUAAGAAGAGAUAUACAAUUCUUUUUAUCAUGUUUAUUUUUUUUUUUUGGUCAUCUUUGUGCGUGGAAGUCAACAAUAAUCUUUUAGUGCUCUCAGAUUAUUCUUUUUAAAUAUUCAUUCCAUCAUUUGUAGUGAUAACAGCUAGUAUAUUGUGUAUGUUGGUGUUGUGAUGUUGUGGAACAUGGUGGAUUUAGGUUAUUUCUUGUUUGUUUUCUUUGCAAACACUUUGAAGUCUAUAUUGAAAAGAAUAUAUUGUGAAAAUUACUUGAUGGAUAAGUGUUCAUUUUAGCUUUGAAUCAUCUUGAAUGUUUUCUAAUUCAGCCAUGAAACACUGAAAGUGCAAUUUUAUUCCUCUUUCACAGGAAGGCCUAAGCAUUGUUAGCCUUUGGGAAUCUUGCGUACCUCUCCCAAAUUUUUUUUUUGCAACUAGAGGUGAUCUCUAAAAUUCCUUUUAUCAUGGUUUUGUCUUUCUCUUUUAAUAAUAUAUAUUUUUGUAUCUAAGAUUAUAUACAUACAACUCUUUUUAAUUUUUUUUAAAGAAAUGUAGCAGUUAGGUGAAAAACUAGAUUUCACACGAUUUCGUCAACUUUAGUGUUGAAUGGGAAGGUUAUACUGGUAAGAAAGUACAGUACAUAAUACUACAAUAGAAUGUGUCAAAUCCACUCUGAUGAGAGUCUUUUUUUAUUUACAGAACAUUAUUGUGGAUGAGAGUUCAUUGAAGGCUAGAAUAUAUACGCAGUAGGUCUUAUCUAGGGACCUAUUUUUGAAAGGAAAUUUAAAUAGUCACACAUAUUGUGUUUAGUCUGAGUUAUUUACCGGGGUAGAACAAGCAUUAAUUUUUAUACAUACAUAUUUAAUAUGUUGGAGGAGAUAUUCGUAGCAUAACAUUGUCUGUUGUUUCAUGUGACAUUUUCUGCACAAUAAAUUGAAGAUUAAAGACACCGGCUUUGAAAACUGUUUGAGCGUGGGGUUUGUUCAUCCUCUUGUUUGCC